CUGCAGCUACAGAAUAUGUUGCCGAGUUAAUGAGGCAUGCGAGAGGAAAUGAUGGAAAUGGGACUAAUGAGCAGGUCGUGGGCGAUAUCAGCGAACAAUGGGCGGUGGGGCCGGCCACAGAGGCAGAGUCGGAAAUGCGUUGGUGGCAAGCGAGCAGUGCGAAGAGCGAAAAUGAUGCUGAUGCCAAGGUUAGAAAUGCGAAAGCUGAAGGUGCGCCCAUGGCAGUAAUGAACAACACUGCCGAAGAGGAGGAAGCGGAGGUGGAGGUGGAGGAAAUAAACCACCCGAAUAUGAGUGAACAAAGUGCUGAAGAAGAUUUACACAGCACAGAUGUAAGAUGGGUGAAGGGAGUUCGAACAAAAAUGGCUAAAAACACGCAAUAUCCAAUAGAGCAUCAGCAGCAGCAGGCACAUCGCCGCUACAAGCAACACAAAAUUGAGCGUCACUUUCGGCGGCAGGAACAACGACGCACGCUGCAUAACUCACGUGAGCAUGUACUACAAGCGGAAGGCACACAGCCCAAACGACAUCAUCGCGUGCAUUCGAGGCUAUGCAGCCAUGUGAAGCAUGUAGGAGGACAGCAGAUGGAAGAGCAACAACACCACCAUAAGCAGCACCGCAAACGAGCGAAAUUUUUGCGAAAUAGUCACAACAGCAUACAUUCAGGCCACUUGCAACACAAACACCGGCGACAUGAACACAAAUUCCAUAGCAGAGUUUCAGUUGAGCCUCAAAUUCUGCAAUUUGGGGAGCAAAAUCAACAACAAUUGCUUGGCAUGGAAGUGAAGAGCGCUACUAGCGAUGAUGAUGAGUUUCCUUCUAUGCACUUUGAAGAUGCAGAUGCGUCCGACUGGCAAUACCAACAGGAUGAAACCAAUAUUGGCGAAGAGUCUCGGUGGCAUGCUGAUGCAUCUCAAACGAAUAGGACAGAGGGAAGGCCAGAAGAUGCACCUCAAAGUAUGCUCCUCAAAAAUUUCAGUUUCACCAAACUACCGCAGGAACUUGAAAAAUUACGACCGAAAGAGCAGCAUAUGGUUUCUACUGCACACAAACUAAACCAACAACAGAAUCCAAAACACCAAAUGCAUGCUGAAAGACAAAGUAAGCGGCUCAAGGUGGCAUCAACACAAGCAACAUACGCGUUGCCGCUUACGUCGUUCGAUGGCCUGCCUUUAACACCCACACACGCCACAGACAACUACGCCCCACUUCACAUCGGGUCGAAUAGGUGGCAGAGCAUCGCAGCGGACAUUGAUUUGCAAGCGGCUGCACGUUCCGGACGUCAUCGCGGCCGUCAUGUAACCUUACCCACCCUCAUGCAGCCGCACGCUAGCCGCAACAGCUACAACAUUGGUGGUGGUGGCAAAGUAUUUCGUUCACUGCCCGACACGGAAGAUUUUAAUUACGAACAGCAUGUUCAUCGCAUGUUGGCCGCAGCGCCUCAAAGGCAUUGGCCGGUCAAACGCGAAGCCAUUGUCGAAGGCGAUGUCAUACUCGGCGGUCUAAUGAUGGUGCACUCACGCGAGGACACCAUUAUGUGCGGGCCAAUAAUGCCACAGGGUGGCAUACAGGCACUGGAGGCGAUGCUCUACACCAUUGAUCGCAUCAACGAGGCGAGUUUGCUGCCAAACAUCACUUUGGGUGCGCACAUUUUAGACGACUGUGACAAGGAUUCGUAUGGGCUGGAGAUGGCGGUGGAUUUCAUAAAAG